AAAUAAUAAAAGCAAUGUGAAAGCAGCAGGCGAAUCAACAAAUCCUAAAUGAUCAGAACAUGCUAGAGGAGUCAGAAACCUACGAUCGAUGGUCACAUGUAACAUUUGUCCGAAACCAGCAGUUGGAGGAGAGUUUCUACAAACAAAGAUCAAAGCUACAUUGGUUGCAAGUUGGUGAAAGUUGGUGACCAAAAUUCAGAAUACAUAUUCUAAAUUUCAUCAGCAGGCGAUUUUUAAUUCUGUAGAACAUGUACAAAAUGCAUAAUAUGUAUUCUAAACUUCAAAGAAGAUUUUUAAACGUUUAGAGCUAGUUCGCCCUAGAGAGCGUUUCUCUCCCAGGCACGCAGCCCAAGGAAGCUUCAGCCGCCGCACUUGAAAUCGAAGAUGGAUCUUCACCGGCACCUUUCCUCCGAUGUGCUCUCCUCCUGACCAGCGUCUUGUCUCCUCUUCCUCCGAGCCGGUUUUGUUUCCUUUCGAUCGUUUCUCUCCCACUAUUUCGAUUUCCGGUUCCGGCCAAUCUUUCUCUCCGGCGGCUUUCUUGAUGGGCUAUGUGGCGCUUUUGAGGACUGAGUUCCCGUGUCUGUCUUUUACUCCGUCGGAGCCGUCAGAUCCACCACCGAGUAAGAUGUCUCCAGAUCUGCUUGAGUCUCUUUCCCUCCUCAAACCUCCUGAACCUCCAGACCCUCCUGAUCGUUCCUCCGAGCUCACCUUCCUCACAGCUCUGCCAUCCUUCGCUCCUCUCCCGGCCAAAGGCCUUGUGGGUGUUGACCCCUUUGUGCCGUCUCAGCCAAUCUCACCGGACCCUCCAGAUCCACACGAUUUGGAAUUUGUCGUGCCUGCUUCAAGUCUCUUGAUGGUCUCUUCCAAAUCUGGUUCUCCGUCUCAUGUGUUCUCCGAAGGUGAGAAAUAUCAGAAAUAUCAGUUUUCAGAGAGAAUGAUGUGUAAGAGUUUUAGCCACUCAGAGGAAGAAUCCAAUGUUUUCCUCCCGUGUACUUCUCCUGACUGCUUCCAGGACCUCACUUUGCUUCGGUCCGAGCUCAGGAAAGACUCCCAACUAUCGCUGCAGCCAUUGCAUCAUGUUCUGGCCACUUCUAGCUGCAUCUACGUCAUCUCGACUUUGGUUUCGGACUAUGAAGUCCUCUUUAACACCCUACGUUUAGGGUUGGAUACAGAUGAGAUUGCAGGCUUUCUUUUGGAUAUUAGAAACCUUGCCACUUUCUUCUAUCCGUUAUCUUUCCAUUUUGUACUUUUAUUCCUGUUUUAUGCAGCUGUUGUGCUUGCCAAAUUUGCUUUGUAUUGCCUAAACUUUUGGGUUGAUCCAGUUUAAUUUGAAUGAGAAUUAGUUGACCAAAAAAAAAAA